GGCAAGGAUCCAACUGCGGUGAGCAAUGGAUAAAGGCAGUCUGAGCAGACAUCACACAGGUCACCAUGGACACCCCAGGGUGGCUACCAUUCCCUUUCACAAGGUCUGAGGGGACAGCUGCAGACAAAACAGCAGCUGGGAAUCCCAGAAUGCCAUGUGUCCUCGUAUGCAUAAGGAACAGAGGGAUGGUUCAGUAUAACCCAGUUACCUGGUGCUCCAAGGGUCUGGGUAGUUACAAUUACCAAUAGCCCUAAGCCCAUGCCCUGCCAAUCUUUGGAAGGAGCAGGGAGGUGACCUGUUCAAACCUAGAUGCUGGAGCGCUGGCCUUUAGUCACACAGGAUAGUAAGCACCACAUUACAGAACACAGAGCCAGGGGCUGCUCCCAGGGCAGCAGGAGGGCUAAGUCAGACGCCAGUCAGUCUUCCCUGCUUGGGCAUGUCCUGUUAGGCUGAUGACCCCUUCUUUUGGGCACUGCUGCAGAGCAGAUCUGAGCUGCCCUGUACCUAGGCAUUGGCAUAUGGCUUGCAAUGCCCAGGGCUUAGCUCAGCUGAGGCCCUCUAAGGGAAGAAUCCACACUGCCUAGAGGCUAUAUCAACCCUGCUUCACACCGAGGCUCCCCCAAUCUCCUCAGCACUCCACCAUCAACUGUGCUGCUGACACUACCCAAGCCAAAGGCCACUGAGCUGUACAGACCCAACAUCUCACAUGAUCAGGCCUCAGGGACGUGGUUCCAGUGCCCGUUCCUACUCCUUGGUCCCGGGCCAGGGGCACAUGAUCAGAGCCAGCAGAGACCAGCCUCGCUGGGAGCCUUCCUUAGCACCCUCCCGCUCACUUAAGUUAGGAAUGUUUGCUAUCUGGGGAGCUUCCAGACUAUUUCUGGCUGGAGCACCCGCUUAGGGACACCAGCCCUUCCAGGGACUCCACUGCCUGACUGGCCUGCACUCUGCCUCCCGCCCUGCAAAAGGGAGGCGAGGGAGCAGGGGUGUCCACAGCUUCCUGUUUUCUUUCCAGCUGGGAAGGGGAGCAGCAGACAGCCACCUCUGUCUUGUCUGCAUCCCUUCAUAGGCCUUCGGCCAAGCUGCUGAGGUGCCUGGGAUGGCAUUCGACUUUACUGGGGGCCACCAGGCCCUGCGUAUAGCAGUCCCCCUGUAGAUCCAGCUGACUAGAGACCAGCGGGCGGCCAGCCCUGAGGCUGCCGAGGCCACUGCCCCCAUGUCUCUGUAACGGAAACUUCUCAGGUGCUCUGUGAGCAACAGCUUCAGCUCCAGUUCCUGCCUCAUGUGGGGCUCUGAUCGGCAGCAGAUCGCAGGACAAGGCAGGACCAUGUUCCAGUAAAUGAGGUCUGCAGCUCGAGUCCUGUGCCCUGACUCCCACCCGCAGACACGCCAUCCAGCCAGAGAGAAUGAGGCAGCCACGUGGGGCUCACAACCUCCCCGGAUGGAGAGGGGCGGUGACAGGAAGCGUCCCCCCUCCAUCCUGAGGCCCAGACGGCAGGGAUGUGGGUGUCAUGGGGCUGAGCCACAGAGGACUUCAAGGCAUGUGCGGUUCCGAGAACCCCUGGAGGUGGCCGUCCACUACAUUGCCCGCAGGGACACCACAGCCUCCGUCAAGGUCCCCAACCGGCCAGCUUCCCAUGGUGGCUCUCCACUCCAAUCAGCACCCUGCAGUGGCUCCCUCUUCCUGUGGCUGACUCUCUGCGUUCUGCUUGGAGUGGUGCUGGGCCUGUACUGUGGCCAGGCCAAACAUGUCACAGUGACCCUUCAGGACCUCUGGGAUUGGCUCCUCGUCCGCAUGUUGCGCCUGUGGCAUGUAGUUCUUGCCUGCUGGCACUGCCUCCUGAAGCUCUGACCCAUGGCUGAAUGGCAGUUUCACCUCUGAACAUCGCUGGAGGGUGAUGUUGCUGGGGGCGUAGGGUGGCUUGGGGACUGGCACGUGGUGGAGCCCAGGCACUAAGACUAACCCAAGACAGAGUUCUGCUAGCCAAUGCUUGACAAACCCAGGAGCUCCAUGAGGCCGCUGUAGUGGAUGAAGUGGGAGAAAGGGUGCCUCUGGCUUGAAGCUACAAAUACCCCCUACUCUAGACAGCACAGGCUGGGAUCUUGGGAUUUUAAGAUUGUAAUAAAGAAUUCAACCAUUGUGACUAGGGAUCCCUACACUCCUGCCCAGUCCUCCCUCUUGGGAUCCCUGACCUGGAUGCUGUCAUACAUGACAUGCAACCCUUUCAGGAUGAAUAUCACCUGCCUCUGAGGGGCAGUUUGGGAAGGCAAGGCCCGAACUCCUGCUGCUUUGAGUGCUGGGCCCAGUUUUUGUCUUACUAUCAGGAGAUGGGCUCAGGGGCCUUCCUCUGCGGUUCAUGGAUAGCAGGGUAUUAUCCUCGGAGUCCAGGUCUGAUUCCUCCACUUAACACUAAGAUCUUUAGAGGUCCCUGUGGUGUUGGAACAGAAUCUAGCUCUGAACCAAGCUGCUCUCAGAACAAUAUAUAUAUAUUGUUCUGAGAGGUCCCUCUUCCAAGGCCAUCAAGCCUGCCUAACAGCCGAAGGUCCUUUAAGUCUUCUGAACCUACACAGUUCUGUCGUGCAUGUUGCAAGGACAAGGGAAGCAAGCACAUGGUAAUGAACUUCAGGACUCUCUGACCUGCCUGGAAGGGAUCCCUAAAAACAGCAAGGAGGCCGUUAGAUACCAGGAGGAUCCACCAGGAGGACUUGGCACCACUCUGGAACAAACAUUUGAUCAGGGUUUGGGAGCCAGGAUAAGGCUUGUCAUUGUCCUCUUAAUGUGCCCUCCACUUAUGUGAGCAGACAGAUUUCAUAAUAAAACACCGGUAUCCUCUUCAACCUCAGGAUUAUUAUAGAAAUUAGGAAUACGAGACAGUUGUUGGGUAAUUUCUCCAGGGUCAAGCAUGCUCAUCUAGGCACCGGAGCAUACCCUCCACCCACCUACCCACCCCCACAACUCACAGGUCCUUGGCAGCUGUCAUUUGUGAGAAUUUGGGGGACCUCCCCAUGCCUCUAGGACCACAUCCUCCCCAGUAAAAAGUGCCCAGAUUCUUAGCUCACUGAGAGGCCAUGUAUCCCUCUCUGGACUUCAGGUACUACAUACAGUGGUCUCUAGCUAUAAAGUUUGGGAGUAAAGUCAGGGAGGGCUCGGAGAGAAACUGCUUCCAGGAGUGGUCUAGAGAGGCCCAGCUUGGGAAACCACGCACCAGGAUCAGCCAUCACCAUGGCUACUGUUGCCUGCACCAGCCCAGAUGCCCCAGGAUCCGUUCCAUCUCAUCCCACUCUGGUAAAAGACAGGCUCAUUACUGGCCUGUAUUCCAGAUAUGGGAACAGACACUGAGAAGUGUGAUGGACAACCUGAAGGUCACCCCUCCGUCCCUGAUUCUGAGAGUGAAUGCCCUCUAGGAGGAGGACUGGUCAACCAUGUUUUAUAACAGUCAGGGCUUCCCGCCUCACAGCCAGCAUUUGCUGCAAAGGCCACAGAAAAAGUGUGUCCAACUCUGUAGGGGCCACAAAACUCUACCCUAGCUAGUUUUGGUUUUCGUUUUCCUUUGUUUCCUUUUACAGUGCAAACCCAGCAUGGCUAGGCAAAUGGUCUGCCACUGUGUUGCAUCCCCAGCCUUAUUUUGUUUUAGAAUAAAUGUUCAAAGACAUACACAGAAA